GGUUGCUCUCAAGAUGACGAAGUAAACUGUAUCUUAAUUUUUAUUAAAGAAAAUUAUUUCCUCAUAUUAAUAUUAUCUUGAAAAUUUUCUCGAUUAACGUGUUAAUUCGUCGUUUUAUUAAUACCAAUUAAUAUUAGUUUCAUUCGAGAUCGUUUAAUAUACAUACAUACAUAUUAUAUAUAUAUAUUUUUUUUUAUAUAUAUAUAUAUAUAUAUAUAUACAUUUCUUUUCUUGAUCUUAAUUGAUUAAUAAAAAUCAACGAAAAUAUUAUGUCGUUCACUGUGAAACAAAGUAACAGCAGCAGCCUUACGAUGAAUUAUUCUUCAUAUAAGACAGAACUUUCGAAAAGAAGAAGAGGAGUGAUAACAAGGGAAUUAACAAAAAUAGCGUAUUCAGCACCAAAUAGUCUUGUAUCUCUUGCUGAGGGUAUGCCAAAUGAAAAGACAUUUCCAUUCACCGAAAUUUCCGUCAAACUAUACGAUGGUUCGUCUUUUACUCUGGAGGAAAGUGAAUUGAGCAAGGCCCUUCAAUAUAUACCUACUCAAGGUUACCCUCCGUUAUUACAGACCCUGAGGGAAUUCCAAAGGAGGGUGCACGCACCACCCCUCUGGGAAAGUCGCGACAUUGUCAUCGUUGCCGGUGCUCAGGAUGGUCUAAGUAAGACAUUGGAAUCUGUGAUCGGUACCGGUGAUCCAAUAAUAGUUCCCGAUCCUGUUUAUCCUGGAGUCGAAGUAGUGGUGACGCCUCAUCAGGCAGAAUUAAUACCAAUCUCAGAAGACGAUCAUGGAAUAAUACCGGAAGAGAUGAGAGAAAUUUUAAGAAAGCGAAUACUUUCGGGUAAAAAAAUGCCGAAAAUUAUGUAUAUCAAUCCUACGGGUAGUAAUCCAACUGGUGUUAUUAUACCACUCGAAAGAAGAAAAGAAAUUUACAGAUUGGCCUGCGAAUACGAUUUUCUAAUUCUCGACGAUGAUCCAUAUUGUUUCUUAAAUUAUAGUGACGAAAAACCUAAAUCAUUUUUAUCCCUUGAUACGGAAGGACGUGUUAUCAGGAUAGAUUCCUUUUCUAAAGUCAUUAGCAGCGGCAUGAGAAUAGGCUUUAUAACAGCCCCAGCGCCUCUUUUAGCCAGUAUUGAACUUCACUUACAAAGUAGUCACCUGCAUGCACCCUCGUUAUCUCAGGUGAUGCUAUACAAGCUUUUCAAGAUAUGGGGAUACGAGGGUAUGAUGAAUCAUAUGAAUCGUAUAAAAUAUUUCUACAAGGAACGUAGAGAUGUUAUAGUGUCUCUUGUUAAAAAACAUUUGAACGGAUUGGUCGAUUUUGCCAUACCAAAUAGUGGAUUCUUUUUAUGGAUCAAAGUACGAGGUAUCAAUGAUACGUGGCAAAUGAUGAUGCAGAAAGGUAUAGCUAAAGGAGUUAUCAUGGCACCUGGUGCAUCCUUCACAACGGAUCCAUCAAAACCUUCUAAUGCCAUAAGAGCAAGUUUUUCGAAAGCAUCCUAUGAAGAAAUGAAUCUGGCAAUGGAAAGGUUGGCAAAUUUAAUAAGAACGGAAUUGGCCGACAAUGAUGCUUUGCAGAAUUUAAAUUCAUGACAAUGAGAGAGUUGAUCACGAAUGAAUUCAUUUUUUGAUAUUUAUGAUCAUGAUAUUUAUCAAUACGAGCUAUUCCGUUCUAAGACAUCUUACGACACACGGAUUGAUAUAAAUUCAUCUGUUUAUCCUGAUGGAGUAAUGAAGAAAAUCAUGGACGAAAUGGUAUCAUAUAUUUUAUCGACCAUAGGGGGUUAUUACUGUCAGUCGAUAAAAAAGGGAGCUUUCUCAAGACACCCAAUCAUUCGUUUACCGAUUGAGUAAAUCAAGAAACGAUGAACCUCGUAAGGUAGCGACAUCUGUACGAUCAAGAAUAUUUGUAAUAAUGAUUUUCAUUAUUCUCAAUAUCAACUU